CCACUGUUCGGCAGUCUUCCGGCCGGCGAGAUGCCGCUGUUGACCAACGGCGCCGGCCACCUCGCCGUGUUCGAAGAUUUCAUCCGCGAUCAUGCGCAGCCAGAUGCUGCAAGGGGAAAGCCGCGACGGUUGACGCUGCUCAACCUCUCGAUGAGCAAUCAGGGCGAUGCCCGCGGUGUGCUCUCCGCCCUGGUGGACUUCCGGCGCCAAAACCCGGAUGCCGAGAUGGCCAUCGUCGUUUCCAAGCUUGGCCCGACCGAUUUCCAGGAGACACCGGCAUUCCGCAACUAUAUCCAGAUCUUAGACGACAAUCACAUUCAGGUCGACACCUUCACCGGCGCCGACGGCCCAACUCGCCAGGUGAUGCACGCCAAGGGCAUCGUAAUUGAUGACCGCGUGUUAUUCAGCACCGGCGCCGUCAUGGACACAUGGCCCAUCAACAAAGCCGACUUCUCUAUCGAACUGCCCCCGACUGCGGCUAUCUCAUUCCGGCGGUACACCGACGAGGCCAUUCGUGGCGAUGCAUCCCCCGAACGCCGCGCUGAGCUUGCCGCUGAGCUCGCGAGCCACGGGGUCGUCAUUAACGACCCCGUCGCCGGCUUGACUUAUAUAAGUCGCGUGCAAGACGCCCUAAUCCGUGGCGCCGCCCGUGAACUGAUGGUCAGCUUGUCGGAGUUGGUCGACCCCGUGAUGACAGAGAUGCUCCUCGACCGCGUGGCGAGCGGCGUCGACGUCACGAUACAAGUCCGCGAGCUGGACCCCGUCUCAAUUCGACUCUUGACGGAUGCCCUGGCACGCUAUCCCAACCUGCAUCUCGAGGACUCGAGCUGGUGGGAGCCACGCCCGCAUUGGAACGCCAUCAUUGCCGACGGAAGCACUGCGUACCUCGGCACGUCGUACCUGUGGCCGACGCAGCGCAACAUGUUGCACCAGGGUCGGUCGUUGGAGAAUGGCGUGCUGCUCAAUGGCGAUGCUGCUGUCAGCGUGCGCAAGCAGAUUGAUGAGCUGCGCACCCGGGCACAC